AAUAAUGUGCCGUAAAUUAACAAGAGAUAUAAUACAAGGAUAGUUUAUGUCAUCAUUUUUCGGCAAGGGAACCAGGGGGAACAACAUUACCAAAAUAUAGAAUGUCAAAAUGAUCGUUCAGAAGGCACGCCUACUGGACAUUAGAGGCUCCUGAUUUAGUUGUUUCUCUCACUCUGUAUUUAUUGUAUGCUUGUUCGUGACGGAUUUAUUGCAUUAUAAAUCCUAUUGUUGUAUAAUUGUGGGAAGUUACUGACUCACGAUGAACCUUCCGGUCAUUUAAAUCACUGCCGCAGCGUAACGAAAUUUUAUGAAAGAUUUGACGCAAGUGACGUCGGGUUUACACGCCUGCAGCAGCUCAUAUGUAAACAUGGUCGCGGUGUCGGCUGCAAUUUCGAAAACGAUGAUGCUCCUCGGAAAUCUGCAGUUGAAACAGAUUUACGCCAAGUCGAGAAAGUCCGUCAGUAAGAGAACGUAUGCGACUUCUAGGGACCAGAAACCUUUCAUGUCUUCGCAAUAUUGUCUAGAUGUAGUUAAGAGGUAUGACUAUGAGAAUUUUUUGGCCUGCUUACUACUACCUCAGCAUGCUAGAUCAGCAGCUUUAGCUGUACGAGCAUACAAUGUUGAAUUAGCUCAGGUACAUGAUACUACAACACAGCCUUUAAUGGCUAAAAUGAGACUUCAGUUUUGGAGGGAAACUUUAGACCAGGUCUACCAAGGAUCUCCACCAAAGCAGCCUGUUGCAGUUGAGCUACAAAGGGCUAUAGCAAAGCAUGAACUAUCCAAGAGGUGGUUACUAAGUUUGAUUGAAAGUCGGGAAGAUCAUCUGGAAAAUAAGCAGUUUACUUCUAUGCAAGAUGUAGAGGAUUACAGUGAAAAGUCAAAUUCUGUAUUGUACUACCUUAUAUUACAAAUAUUAGAUAUUAAAAAUAUCCAUGCAGACCAUGUUGGUAGUCAUCUAGGAAAAGCGGAAGGUAUUGUUAGAUUAAUUCGAGGUGUCCCUCAUCUUGGUACCAAGAGGAUUGUGUUACUACCUCGAGAUGUUAUGAUGCAGCAUAAAGUUUCUCAGGAGGAUGUCAUUCGAGGCAGUAGAGAUGAACGAAUGAAGAGUGCAGUCUUUGACAUUGCGUGUGUUGCAAAAACUCAUAUUGAACAUGUAAAGGCCUUAAUGAAAGAUGUUCCUCCAGCAGCAAGAAUAGGACUUUUACCAGAAGUUACGAUUUCCUCUUAUCUUGGUUUUUUGCAAAAAGCUGAUUUUGAUGUUUUUGAUUCUAGCCUUCAAAAACGCAAUCGCCUCCUCCCUUUGUAUUUAUGGUGGGCAAAGGUUAGAAAGACUUGAAUGUUAAUUCCACAAAUUAAUUUAAAAUUAAGUCACUAAUGGAAAUUUUUGUUCAUUAUUUGAUACCAUCACUUUCUCAUGAAAAAAUAAAAGUCCACAGUAGUA